AUGAGUAAGCGCAAGUCGAAAGAGUCUGCAACAGAGCCACCAGCGAAGAAGGUCCACUCCUUCUUCACCAACAACCUUACGCCGGGCUCUUUCGACGACUCUAUACCUUCCCUCGUUCAUUUCUACCAUCUUGACCCCCUCAAAGGCAACCCACCAUCCACGCCGGUCGAGAUUGUUCUGUACGACUUGGACGGAACACUCAUCACUACGCGCUCCGGAAAUACAUUCCCUAAAGGAAGCGAUGACUGGAAGUGGUGGGACGAUUCUGUGCCCAAGCGCCUGAAGCAGGAUCACAAGGACGGGAAGCAUGUGGUCAUCUUAAGCAACCAGGCAUUUAGGGGGCCCAAGGUCCGAAGAGAGUGGCGGGGCAAGCUGCCACAGAUCGCGGCGAAACAGCUAUCCAAUGUCCCAUUACGGGUCCUAGCAGCUUUGGAGAAAGACGUCUACCGCAAGCCCCGGACGGGCAUGAUCGACUACCUACGACGGUUGUACGAGGACAAGGGGUGGAACGUUGACUGGAGUACCGCGGUAUAUGUGGGGGAUGCAGCUGGGAGGAAGGGAGAUCACAGCAACACAGACUACACAAUGGCGCUGAACGCCGGCAUCAAGUUUGUAACUCCUGAGGAGCACUUUCUCGGCAGGCCUCCUGCUUACCCAAAUCCUCCCAUAUCGUUUCGACCACGAUCUAUCGAAGAUCUUGACAGACGUAGGAACCGGAGCCUUACUCCCUGCUCACUUAGUGCCUCUGGUCGUGCCGUCAAACACACCCAUUACCCGAAGUACGAAGGAGUUGGUCCUCUUCGUCGGACCACCGUAAGUGACCUUGUUGUCCUACUCUGA